CCCACUGCGAGGACGUCCCUCAGCUGAACAAGUCCUAAGACGGCUGCUCUCUGAGACGCUUAGUGAAGUUGUCCAGCUCCAGGUCGCUCCUUCCUCACCCUCCUCAUCAUCACCUGCAAGAGGUCAGAGGUCAUGGUGGCUCUCCUGCUCAGAGUCCUGCUGCUGCUGCUGAUCGGAGGGACGGUUCUGCUGGGCGGCAGCCCGGCCCAGAGGAUCCGAGUUCGCCGUCAGAACAUGAAGGUCCGGAUCAACGCCACCGGCGACACCAUCGUCAUGAAGUUCGUCCGGCCCGGUCCGGACGUGAAGCUGGAGGGAUACAUCCUGGGAUACGGCAGGAGCGUCUUCUCCAAGCAGUUCAUCCAGCUGCCGGAGAACGGGCAGCUGUACGAGACGGAGCUGGAUGCUGAACCAAAGUACCUGGUGGCCGUCCAGCCAAUCCCAGUCAACGACAUGAAGAAGCACUGCACAGGCAAGGUGAACCUGGAGAAGCCGCUCCACCUGGUGAUCGGCUCCAUCAGCCCCACGGCGGUGCUGCUGUCCUGGGGGAACCACCUGAAGACGCCGUAUGAGAAGAACGUCAUGAGCGAGUGUCUGGAGGACGGGUUCUACACCAUCCGCUACAGGGAGAGGAACAGGAAGUGGAUCUACCAGACCUGUCCUGCCAGUGACACCGUCAUCGACCACCUGAAGCCCGACACGCAGUACGAGUUCGGGGUUCGCUCCAACAAGGACGACCGCAGCAGCCUCUGGAGCAAACCGGUCAUCCACAGCACCAACACGGCCAAUAAAAACAGUCAGAAACCGUACAAGCCGCGGAAACCUCUGGCAAAUCCGAUGAAACCUCAGCACCCGUUCCCUCCGCCAGAGUCCCCAGAGAGCCGGCAGGAAACGGCCCCUGUGCCCGGCUCCGCCCGGCCCAAACCCGCUCACGGCUCACCUGAAAAAGGAAACAGUCUCAUAGCCAACCGAAGCCGUCCUGCGGAGCGGCGGACUGCUGCCCUCCCCAAACUGCUGCCUACCUCCACCCCUCCUGCCAACAUCACUGUCUCUAACUUCCCCUCCAGAGGCGGUGAGCUGCAGACCACCAGGGGGCCCAGCAGGGCUCCUGACAAGCUUCCUAAUCCUGAGGCUGCAGUGAGACCUCAGGACGGCUCCUCGCUGCUCCGACUCGCCCUGGCCAAUGAGCGGGCCAAGCUCGGCACCUGGGGUCAAGGCAGCAGCAGAAACGGGAGGCCAGCGAUUUCCUCCAGCCCAGACGCUAACCCACUGAUCUUGAGGAGCCAUCUUGACCCCUUCUCUUACCGCCUCACACAGCGCCACUCUUCCUCUAGAUCCAGUAACUCGUCCCCGACCUCUUUGAUCCUUGGGGCAAACGGACAGCCGCACCGGGGCAUUUCCCAGCCCAAACUGGCCUUAUGGCCCAGAGCUCGACUGGUCAACAACUCGCUGACGGAGGACAAGAAGUCUGAUGUUCCUGCUGGGUUCGGUCGGUCUGGUGUCGUCGUUGACGACCGGCUUUAUGGAUCUCCGUUUCGGACGACUCUGAACAUCCGGCCGAAUGAUGUGAGAAAACCUGGAGAGACCGACAAGGUGAACCGGCCUGAGAAGAGCGGAAACCCAGAAAUCCCAAAGUAUAAAGUCCCAGCAGUGACGACCAAACCGACCAAACAGGAGCGAAGACAAACCACGACUACGGCCGCCCCGACCGCAGUGACUCGGCAGGAGAGUUGGGAGGAUUCAGACCUUUUCCAGUCUCAGCCAACCUCUGAUGUUGAUGCAAUGGGCAAGAAGCGUUACGUGGCGCCUCAUGUGGUUUACCAAACCGGGAAGAAGCCGGAUGAGCCUUGCUCCAUCACCUCCUCCCUCAACUACUUCCCUGAAGACGAACCUGGUGAGGUGAACGUCACGUCUCCUCCGACCAGCCCACCCGCCAACCUCACUGUGGUGACGGUGGAGGGAUGUCCGUCCUUCAUCAUCCUGGACUGGGAGAAACCAGACAACCACACCACCGAGUACGAGGUGAUCUCUACUGCGAAGGGACCUGAUGGAGAACGGGUUUCCAUCCUGACCACCAACCAGACCCACACUGCAGUGGAGAACCUGAACCCUGAGAGCAGUUACGAGUUCACGGUGAAGCCGAAGAACGAGUUGGGAGAAGGUCCUGUGAGCGAGCCGGUGUCCUUCAACACGGAGUCUGCGGAUCCGCGUGUGAGCGAGAACGUCUCAGGAAAAGACGCCAUCUGGACUCAGUUCCCGUUCAAGACCGACUCGUACUCCGACUGCCACGGCAAGCAGUACGUGAAGAGAACCUGGUACCGCAAGUUUGUAGGCGUCCAGCUGUGCAACUCGCUGAGGUACAAGAUCUAUCUGAGCGACGCGCUGAACGGUAAAUUCUACCACAUUGGAGAUCAGAGCGGCUUUGGAGAGGAUCACUGCCAGUUUGUGGAUUCUUUUCUGGACGGACGGACGGGCAGGCAGCUCAGAGCGGACCAGCUCCCCUCCAGAAACGGUUUCUUCAGAGCUCUGCGCCAGGAGCCCGUCCACUUUGGACAGAUAGGAGGACAUUCCCACAUCAACUACGUCUCCUGGUAUGAAUGUGGAACGCCGAUCCCUGGGAAGUGGUAGACGGACUCGGAUCCUCAGCAGGAAGGGACUUGUUGACCUGAGCUGGGGGGGCUGACCCAGCCGGACCCGGAGCUGGGCGCCCAGUGCUGUAAAAACAUGUACCGGACUUCCUCAUCAGGGAACUGUAAGGAGAGAGCAUUUGUACGACUAUAGCAGACAUGCCUUCUCUUUACUAUUUAUCAAGCACCAACGCUACAGCGAUUAGAGCAGGAACAAAGUCAUGAUAGAUCUAUUUUAUUUAGUGUUAAAUCUUUGGAAGCUGGCUCCCUGGAUUACUAUUUUCAUCACUUGUGAGAUGUUAUUUAUCCAAAGGUCUUUGGUUUCAUUUCUUCAUGAGAAACGACAGGCAGGAGGUCACAGGGUGGGCGGAGCCUCAGCACAUACCAUCACAACAUUCACCGAGUCGACUGGCGGCUCACCAGUACGACCAGUUAACUAUAACAGUCAGGUCACAGGUUCAAAGGUCAUCCUGUUGAAGCCAUUUCUGAUACAUGUGGAUACUUCCUGGUAACUUCACUGAUCUACAGGUGCAUGAUGUUGAUGCAGCUAUUCUCUAAACCAGUCAUCAUGCAGCUCUGCUUCUGUAAAAUGGGGUUUGAUGCUUAAAGCACAACAGCUACACAUUGAAUGUGUCGCUCAGAAGUUGGGGGAAAAUCUUCUACGCUUGCGUUUUGCACAGGACAAAUCUCUGUAUAAGACUUUAUAUGGACAGAGUGUCGUUUCUACACAGAUUAGCAGAUUUAACUCUGACUGGGGUCAGGCAGGCCUCCACUUCCUACCAUGCUAACAGGAUGGAAAGGCUUUAGCUAGCUGCUAGCUAACAGGUUUUAUUGUUACUGUUCAAUAGCAAUAAGCUAAUGCUGCAGUGGUGUAGCUACUACCGCUCAGCUAGCUGCUAGCUAAGGAGUUUUAUUGACACUGUUCAAUCACAGGAAGCUAAUGUUGCAGCCAUGUAGCUAAUGCCACUUAGCUAGCUGUUAGUUGAAAGGCUUUAUUGUUAUCGUUCAAUAGCAACAAGCUAACGCUGCAGUGGUGUAGCUACUACUGCUCAGCUAGCUGCUAGCUGCUAGCUAAGGGGUUUAUUGUUAUCCAUCAUGUCUUUUAACUCCUGAACCUAAAAGAUUCUAAGUUCUGUAACCGAUCAGCCGGUUCGUUGUCCAGAAGUAAAACGAGACGUGAGCUUCUGGGAUCCAGAUCCAUUUUUAAUUAGCUGCCCUGUUCAACAUGGAGGAACCUGGAGGCUUUCAUUCAGUGUUCAAUAACAGAUGCAGGUCAUUUUUCUACAUGCUGUAUUCCAGUCCUGCUGGACCGGACCGUUCAACAUGGCUGCCGCUCUCAGCUGCAGCCUGACUCAUGCUCAGACACAGGAGACAGCUUUGGAAGAAAGUCACAAUGUGUUGUUGGUGAUUUUUAUAAAUGUGUUUGUUACUGUGUUGUUUUUCAAUAAUAAAAUGUUUUGGUUUCUUUUUU